AUUCAGAUGUACAUUUCAGUGUUAAAUAGAUGUCGAUUUAAAAACGGAUAUAAAUUUGAAUUUGAUAUACUUUAAAGACACAAAUAUAUAAAAAUUCAAGGAUUAGUCAAAAGCUACAGAGGCACCAAGAAGAAUUCCAACAAUAUCAUAAUGCCGUUUUCAAAUAGAUUUUUAUGGAAUUAAUCCAUUUGUGUCACAAGAUUAAUUGAAAAUAUUGUGUAUUCAUUGAAAAUCAAGUCUGGACUUCUAAAAAUCUAUACGCUGUAUGAAUGGAUCAGUCAUCAUUAAUGAAUAAAUUUAUAGUGUCAAUAAGGAUAAUAUAAUUUUCACAGAUUGAUUAAAAUAGUCAAUGCAGGAAUCAAUUGUACAACAAUAAACUAUUGAGAUUUUCAAUUAAAACGGAAAGACAUUAGUCAGUAAUGGCAGGAAUUGAUUUCGAUCAACGGAAGGAUUUUCAAUUUUUUGAAUCGGAUUAUCGGCUGCCUUCUAGAAGUUUUCAUCGAGACGGACAUACUCGGACAGAACCUGUCAAACAGGAAAAACUACCACAUAUCGUUGUAAAAGACGUUACCGGUAGACGUCUUGACACGUUUACCCAUCUUCAAGAAGCUAUUUAUAGAGCCAGACAAAACAUAAAGCAGACAAAACAGGCGUUGACAUCAGACGAAUGGAGACUACCUCACGCGCCUCCACCGGCAAGACCUGAUUACUCACGUGCAGCUCCUCCUUUGGCAAAAUUCCGAGACAGGUUAAAAGGUGACAUAAACCAAUUGUCAAGAACUACAAAAACAACUGCAACGAAAAUUUUUGAAGUUGAUGUUGAUGAUGUGGCUUUUGUACAACAGAGUAUCAGAAAUUUACCAAAUAUACCAUCACUGUCUUUCUUGCGACAAGAGAUUUUGGCCGAACCGAAGAACUACUUUCAGAUAGUGAAUACCAUAUUACUACACAAAAGGUUCAUGAAGCAGACGGACAAGAGAGAUGCUAUUUAUAACUUCCCAGGAUUCUGUACUGGAUGUAGAAGAGCAGGACUAUGUUAUGGAUGUGAACAAAGCUCUAUGCCACAUUACCAUGCCGACAAGAUGAUGAAAACAGGCGGAGGUUUUACAUACUACAAGAAAUACAAGCCCGAACAUCAGAUUCCAGGAAGACAUCCUCUCAACUGGAAAAUACAGUUUCCUGAACUGGCCCUAAAAUCAGUAAUGGAAGACCAUGAUAAAGAAGACCUAGGGUUACUAGGAGAAGAUAUUGAACAUGAUGAAAACUGUUUGUUAAAGGCUAUGUUAGAAAACAAUGUAUCACUGCCUCAAAUUAACAAAGAUAGUUUAAGGACAACAGGGUCCUCCACCAGUAGGGAAAGUGAAGAAAAGAACGAGGAUGAAGGAAUUGUUGCUGACGGAAGAAGUUUGGAUGACAAACUGUCCAAAAAAGAUCAUAGAUCAGCUAGAAUGUCUGGAACUUCAGGUCAAGGGUCAGAUCAGUCUGGUGAAGGUUCCUAUGGUUACGAUAAUUCUCAGAAUGGUUAUGUACAAGUGGUUCCACAUCCACGUAUUGUGGAUUUACGUCAACAGGAAAAUGAUGAGGAUCAGCUUAGUUUUGAUGAAAACUUUAUCAAAGAAAGUAUGGACAGAGCUUCAAAUGGGACUAGAGAAAAUGAGGAACAGUGCAGGAAUGAGGAUACAGAGGGAGAAGGAAUGGAUACCGAUAAUGGUGAAGAAUAUGAUGCAAAUCAGGAAAUGUAUAGCGAGGAUGAAGACAAGAAUGGUGACAAUGAUUCCAGAUCAAGAAGUAGGACAAGGUCAAAUAAGAGUUCAGACAAACAUGGGAGACAAAUACUAACUGGAAGUACCAGAAAUAAAGAUGAUUAUAAGGAUGGUGAUGGUAGUGUGGUUACCAAAAGCUCAAGUCCAAGCUCAAGAAAAUAUAAUCGACUUUAUCAAGCUCCCCCUGCAUUUAAGAUUAAGAAAUCAGAACGGAGGAAGGUCAAGACCUCAUCACCUUUUAGUAGCAACAGAGAUUACAAUUUGAAUCUCAAUAAGAAAUUUGAAUUGAAAAAAUCUGACAGGAAAGGUACAGAGUUCAGAGAAUUCCAACAACACAGAGGAGACUGGAAGGCUCCACCCAAAUUUGAACUGAAAGAUAAUCAGAGAGAAGAUAUGAAGUUCUGGAAGGCACCACAAAAGAAAGACCAGGGCAACAAGAAAAGAAGCAGAUCAAGAAAGACAGAACAUGUUUCUCCAGACUCUGGUCUUGACAGUGAAAAGUUGGCAGAAAUGCAGCGGCAGGGUAGUGGUAUGACUAGAGUGUCAUUGUUCACACCUUCGUCUGGUAGUGGAUCAAACAAAAACAACAGACCCAACACUCGAGAUUCAGGUCUUGAAAGUCGUCCAAUGACAAGAGAAAGAAUGCCCAUGUUUCAACGGAAACCAAUCAUCCAUGAAAAUGAUAAUACACAAGAAAGACAAUAUGAUGAUAUCAAAUCCCAAAUGGAAACAGCCACUGAGUCCAUAAGUCCAUCAGAAUCAUGGAUUAGUAAAGUAAGAGCAGCCAACAAUCCAGACGACACAUUUGAUCUUGACCCUAGAAGACAGCCUCAUUCUGAUAACAAAGAUGAAGAAAAAUCUACAAGAAGAAACAGAGAAAAAAAUCAAAAUGAAGCCAGAUAUAUUAGACCAGAAAAUAUGAACUUCAGGAAAGACAUUGAUGACAAUGGUCAGGACAUGAGACAAUCUCAUGGGUCACAUGAGAAACAAUCUCAUGGGUCACAAGAGAAACAAUCUCAUGUGGUACAAUCAAUGUCAGGAGCCAUCUCGCCCAUCAUCUAUGAGACAACAGCCCACCCAUGGAUCAACUCAGGGGAUAGUGAUCGUGAAUACGAAAAGGCUAAUCAUGAUCACUAUGGCAACAGGAAGUCAAGGAAACAGAUCAAUGUCCAGUUGCCUGAUGCUAGCAUGGAAGAAGAAUUAGUAGAGAGUUCUGAUGUUUCUCAGACUUCUGAAUCUGACCUUGAACUUGAUUUUGAUGAUGUUAUAAUUGAAGGAGAUAAAGGUCCUUCUAAUAUGCAAAGUGAUAAAGACCAGAGAAAUCACAGAAUAGAAAGAAGAGAUGAAGAUGAGAAAAUAGAUGACAUUGCUGAUGAAAAAUUAAAGGAUUCAUUCAAAAUGAAACAGAAAAUGAUAAAUGAAAAAUUAAAUGAUGUCUCUGAAAGGCAGAAUGGAAGAAGGAGAAGAGGAAGGGAGGAAGACAUAAAUGAGUUGGAUGAAAUGAGAGAUGAGAAUUAUACUUCAUCAGCUGACAGAAAGGAAAGAAGGAGAUGCAGAAGAAGACACAUGAAUGGUGAAAAUUUGAUGGAUGCUGACAUUGAAAGGAAAGAAUAUAAAGAUGGUUCACAAGAUAGGAAAGUAAGAAGACAUCGCAGAAGGAGGAAAAAUAUAGAUAAUGAAGAAAAUGAUGCUUCUCCAGAAUUUAUGGCAAGACAGGCACACAGAAAAGGAAGGAAUGAGUCAAAGGAUGAAGAAAGUCUUAAAGAUGAAAAUGGUGAUGCUUCAAUGGAAAGGAAAGUCAGAAGAAAGCAUAGAAUAAGAAAGAAUGAUAAGGAAAUUAGAGGAAAUUUCAAUGCUGAAUAUGAUGAUGAACAAAAAGCCAGACGAAGAAGACGACGAAUAACAGUUGAUGAUGAAGAAAUAGGUGAGGGAACUUCAGAUAAUGUAGAGGUUGGUAAAAGAAAGGAUCAGAGGCACAGUAGACAUCAGAGGGAAAGACAAAGAAGAGAUGAAAUGGCAGAGGAUAAUGAUGUUGAAGAUGAAAUCAAAAGUAGAAUAUCUGAAUUAAAUGACAAUAAAAUGAAGGAAAGAUUGGCAUUAUAUGGAAAUUCAGACAAUGAGUCUCGUAGACUGAACACAAGUGUAGAGAGGGCACUGUUGGCAUAUAUGAACAGUGAUUCUGAAACUGAAGCAGAAGAUCAGUUAUAUGAAGAUGAAAAUCAGAUAAAAGAUGAAGAUGAAGAGGGUAAUCAAAUAGAUGAAAAGAGAAAUUUUACGGUAGAUGAUGGUCAAGAGGCGUUAAUGGCCAAUAAUUUCAUUAAAAAUAUAUCUGAUGUUGAUGCAUCGAAAGAACGAAAAAAUAGAAAGGCUUUAAAAAACAAUAUGGAUCUAGAUGUUUUGAAGCAUACAAAUGACCUUGAUGAUAUUUCUACACAUGACACUUUUGAAAAAUUUGGAUCAAUGGAUGAAAAUAAGGAUGUCAACAAUAAGGAUUACAAGUGGACAGAAAUAAAAAUGGAGGAUGAAGAAAGUAUGAAACCAAGAACUCAGUUACAAGGAAGAAAGCAUGACAAAUUUAAAAGAACCAAGAGAAACCAGAAAAAUAAAGGAAAUGACAACAACGCUGAUGUUCUAGAUAAAGUUGCUGUUUCAUACAACACUGAUCAAGGUGAUAAAAAUGUAAAAGAUGCAGAUGAAAAUUUGGCAGACGACACAGAAGAAUCUGACACCGAAAUUUUAAAAAUAGAAUCUUAUAAUUAUCCGAAUUUGAGGGAAAAGGAUGAAAAAGAAUUGUACAAAAAACAUGAAAGAAAGAAAAAAUCAAAAAUAGCUUCAAAACAGAAUGAAAGAAAGGUCACCAAAAAGAAAAAGGCAAAAGAAAACAAUGAAGAAGUAGAUUUCAAUAACUUGCCAAGCAUCCAUGACACACUGAGCAAAUUAUUACCGAAGAAUAAGUUGAUUCUUUUAGAAGGAUUAAAAUCAAUUGAUGAAGAAAUUAAAGGAAAUAACCAUCAUGAAAAAAAUAAUGACAAGCAACUUGGAUCUGAAAAUAACCAUAGAAUUUUUUCAAUAAAAUCAGAAUCUCUUGAUAGACCUAGAUCAGCUUCACCAGAACAUUUGGGCGUUGCAUUCCCGUCCAUGUUGAGAAGGACCUCUUCUUUGCCAAGCAUUGCUGAUUUUGUUAACCAAAAAAUACCUGAUUUGGAAUACCAAGAAUUUGACUUUCCUCAGAAGCAGACAACUAAAACCUGUCCUACUUGUGGUGACCCCACACCUGAAGUAAACCAUGUCUGCCUACCAAAGUUUAAAAACAGAUUCAGGCCAAAGAAAACUAAAGAUCCUAAUAAAAAGGUACGUCAUGGAGGCAUUGGAGUCAGACAAAGGAAGAAUAAUAAUACAGAUGACUCGGACACCAUAUCUGAAAUGACUGUUACGACUGUUAACACACAGUCAGAAGUCCAAGCAGGUUCUCAAUUUCAGCACGUUUCUAGAUGGCCAUCUUCUCAAGCUGUAUUGAAAGGUUCAAAAGAUACAAAUAAAGAACCUGCAAAAGAAAUGGAUGGUGCUGAGAGAGUAUUGACACCAGCCUCACAGAAAAUAUCUACACCACCAGACUCACCACAGCUAGCCAUGACCCCACAACCAUUUAGAUUUCCUACACCAGAGUUUACUGUCGGAAAGUCUGGUCCAUCUCGGCCAAUCCGGACACCUUCUCCCGUUGUAGAAAAACCAAAGAGAGUUAUACAGAAAAAACAGUUCGUCAAGAAAGAAAUUGAACGGAAACCACCAACACCAAUAGCAAGGAGCUGUACCCCACAGACCCCCCUACCUCAGGUGAAGGAACAGGAGACAGCCAUAGUGACCCCAGAGCCAGAGGAUACCACACCCAUCAAACUACCUGAACUGGUACGACUUGACACACCACCCCUACCAGAAAUCACAGAACAGAAAAGGGAGAGAGCUGCUAAAGAUGACAGACGGACGGCUAUUUUACCUGUACCUAAACUUAAAGAAGCACUUAAGUCACCAACACAGAGGAAGAAGAAAGUUAACAUGCCAAGGUCAACACACAAGAGAAGUAGAAGUAAGCAGGCUGCAGAGGCCCCUGUUACUAAAGAGGAAGUUAGAGAGAUGAGAGAUCCAUUAGAUUUCCUUGCUAAAUACUGUAUUGUCAGUAAGGAUAGACUACCAUUCUAUGAAAGAAUUUACAAGAAUAUAAUAGAGGGUCAGCCAAUGAGGUAUGAUAGAGAGCCCAUCUUGUCACCCCGUACUGGAAUGCCGAUUGAUAAAAAUGAUGGAAACAGCCAUGGUAUGGGAUGGGACAAACACCAACUUAACAUGUUCCAUGACAUUGUCACGAUUAGUAGAGGUCGUGAUGUGGCAAGACCUGGUGUUGGUGUAUCAGAGCAAUACUUAGAGAAGAUCUCUUAUACCCUGGAGAUGCUGGACAAGAAACAACGACAGAUCACUGACGAUCUACAUGUACUUCAAAGUAAAAAGUUAGGUCAGAUAGCAGAAAGGGCCAAACAGUUAAUUCCAGAAAUAGCCAGAGUUCAGUACCAACCUAAAGUGAAAAAGAGUAAAAAGAAGAAAAAGAAGAAAAAGGGUAAGAAUUUGGAUGAGUUUGGAGAUGAUGAGGAUGAACCCCCUUCUGUCCCUCUUAGAGCAGAAGAUAUUACUGAUGAAGUUAUUGCUAUGAGAUUAGAUGAAUCUAUGUACAAAAAGAUUUGUAAGACUGGAGAAAUACCUCAAAUAGAUCUUGAGAUGCAGAGAUGUGCUGAGAAGUUAACUGGUAUAGAUGAUAGAUUGAUGGUGUUAGAAGGAGACAAGAAUUUAUUAAGUCUUUACUGUAUGGAGGUUUUCUUCAAUGAACAAAAUGAUAAUAAUCAGCCGAUAGAAUUUAGACGCCAACAGAGCGCCCUCUUCAGACAUCUACAUCCAGAUCCUGAUAUAGAAAUGAAUAUAGAAGAAUUAGAAGGGGCAUUACAAGUGGUCAAUCAUAAUUUAAUAUCCGAGUCAGAGUUUGACUAUAUAUAUCAGAUUUUGAAUUUACCUGGCAGAAGAAAAAUUAACUUCCAACUGUUUACAGUAAUAGCUGCAUUGUCAGAGAAAAUCUCUCAAAUGGACCCUGUUAUAAAGAAGAUAUUGAUUAAAGAUAAUCCAGAAGAAACUAAGAAGAAAAGAAGAAGUUAUGAUGCUUUAGAUCUUAAGAUGGAAACUUCUAAGGAAUUAUUUGGACUGUUAGCAGACGGUGAUUAUGAAACUAACAACAAUGGCAAUGCUAAAGCAUCACAGCUAGCAGUAGAAUUAACAGCAGGUGGACUGGACCCUGAAUGUGUGGGAUAUGUUUUAAGCAAGUUUAACAGAUUUGGGACAGGAUAUAUUGAUUUUAUGGACUUUGUGACUUAUGUACCAUUGUUUAUAGAAAUUCAUCAAAAAAUAGUUGAUGAUCCUUUUAAUGUUAGUUUGGAUAUUUCAUAAUAUCAAAUUUUGUAUUAAAAACAGUUUAAUGAAUUUUCAAGGGAGAUAAUUUUAAUAAUUAUUUUUUCAAAUUACCUCCCAUUUUUCAGAUCUUUAUAUGAUUGAACAAAGUGAUGUUUAGUGCCACAGUUUUAGGCAACAUCUUUGUUGUGGAAAACUAUUAUGGCAUUUUGAUGCAUUCUGAUAAUUAUUUAGACUUGUCUGAAGAGAUUAGCAGCCAUACAAUUACUUUAAAAAUUUGAAGUGACAUGAAUAUUUAUGUAAGCAAGGAGUAAUGGACAUAGAACUAUAAUAAGGAAAGGUUAAAAUAAAAAGAAGUAAUGGGAUGUGAAUAUUCACACCGUUCUUCGAUAGUUUCUAUUUUCCUAGUUCAAUCAUGAAUUUGAAUAUAUAUAUCUAGAUUACUGGGAACUCCCUUUCAAAAUUGGAUUUAUCGGUCAAUUGAGAAGUUAAAAACACAAACUGUGAUAUAUAUAAUUAGAAUAACUGUGAUAUUUACAUGUAAAGCUCCAGUAUUUGUUUGUAUUUAUAUGAUUUCUUGCACAUUGAGUUAUGUUUUGUUGAUUAAAAAUUAUUAUUAUUGUUAAAUUUGAGAUAUCUGGUUCCUACAAAAAUGAUAUAC